AUGAUUCAAUGCCUUCUCAACAAUCCGCCUUUAUUGAUUAGUAUUAUCGUGUUCGCUUCAGAAUGCCACUAUUUCCUCUAUUCUUCCAAAUAUUUGCAGGUGUUCUUCGAUGAAUUCCAUCUACCUCCCGGUUACUUGAAAAUCGUGCAGCUUCUAUUCCUGGUAUGGAACGCCAUAAAUGAUCCCAUCAUGGGAUAUAUGCAGGAUCUCGGAUUCGCCGGAAUGGAGUGGAUUAUGGACAGACGCAAGGUGAUACUGUACGCAGGACCAGUUUUUGCCGCUUCAUUCCUCUUGUUUUGGUUCCCUUGGUCGACAACUGUUGGCUGGAUCACCGCCCUUCAUUUGCUCGUCUCAUUGUUCGUCUACGACACACUGUUCACCCUGGUCCUUUCGGCCUACUGUGGAUUAUGUGUGGAGAACUCGACGACGCACAAGGGACGAGUCCGUGUCAUCGUCUAUUCCGAAAUGUUCAGUGUGUUGGCCGGAUUUUUGAUAUUUCCCAUGGAAAUCAUGCCGCAUAGCAACGAGAAUUUUUGGAUGUUUCAAUUGGCAUGUGUGGCGAUUGCAAUCGUUGCGGGAGCCCUCAUGAUCUUCUCAGGUUUGUCGUGGCAAAUCGCCAGAGAACCUCGCUUCAUAUGCCUCGUCGGCGCCCAAUUUUUUCGAAUUCUCCGCUACACCGCUAAUGAGAAUUUCCUUAUCGUUUUCACCGAAGCGCUGCUGGUCCGCGGCGGAUUUUUUGAGAAGGGUUCGAAAUUGCUCGGAGGAUUUUAUAUUCUAGCGCGAUCGCUUGGAAGUAUUCUGUUUCUUUCCCUCUGGUCGCCAACGAACAAAUAUGGAUCGCAAGCGAUCGUUCAGUCUCUGUGCAUCGUCUCAGUCGUCAAUAUCGCGUUCCUGUUAUUCGCCGGUGUCGAAAAUCUGUGGGCAAUUGCAAUUUUCAUAGUCGUUGAAAAUGCACUGUGUCGAUGCGGAUGGCAGGGAUUCUAUAUGAUCGUCGCUGGUGAGGUCAUCGAUACGGACAUGAAAGAGAACAAUCGAAAAAACCCCUUUUCUACAAUCAUCUUCACGCUGAAGGCGUUGUUCAACAAGCCAGCCGAUCAGAUCGCACCUGUCAUGGUCCUCGCUUUCUUCCUCGAACGAGGUGGCUAUCCUGAACUGACUCCGACUUGUUCGACAAUCAAUACUAUCCAUCGCUUCAAUUCAACGAGCACCGAAUUUCCCGACGCGAAUUUUGAGAAUUGCACGAAUUACACGAAUUGGAUAUUUUUGGCGUUGGCGUUGUUCCCAGCGAUUUGCACCAUCGGCGAAUCUCUAUUUGUACUUUUUGACCAAAAUUGGAAACGAACGCAUCAUAGCGAGAAGCAAUAA